CCUCACAUUUGUUUCGUGAGAUGAUAUCUAUUGGUUUCAAACCAGACUCGAUCACCUUUGCAAGUUUCCUUCCAUCAGUGACUGAAUCCGCAUGUCUCAAACAAGGAAAGUGGAGAUGGCAUGCAAACUUUUUAGCCAAAGCAGCACAGCUGAUGUCGUUGUUUGCACGACUAUGAUUUCAGGGCUUGCACUUAAUGCAAUGAAUACUGACGCUUUAGACAUUUUCAGGUGGUUACUGAAGGAGAAGAUGAGACCGAAUUCUGUAACACUGGCAAGUGUUCUGCCGGCUUGCGCUGGUUUGGCUGCCCUGAACUUGGGGAAGGAAUUGCAUUGUAACAUACUCAAGAAUGGGCUUGAUGGGAGGUGUCAUGUUGGAAGCGCGAUUACAGACAUGUAUGCUAAAUGUGGAAGGUUGGAUCUUGCUCAUCAUACUUUUGAAAGGAUGUCAGAAAAGGAUAGUGUGUGUUGGAACUCAAUGAUCACAAGCUAUUCCCAGAAUGGUAAACCAGAAGAGGCCAUCAAUCUUUUUCAUCAAAUGGGGAAGGGAGGAACCAAGUAUGAUUGUGUAAGCAUUUCAGCUGCACUAUCUGCUUGUGCAGCCUUAUCAUCACUGCAUUAUGGGAAAGAGAUCCAUGGUUUCAUGAUUAAAGGUGCAUUCAGCUCUGACCUUUUUGCUGAGAGCGCACUGAUAGACAUGUACGCUAAAUGUGGAAACUUGGAUUCUGCUCGCUCUGUGUUUGACAUGAUGCAAGGGAAGAAUGAAGUUUCUUGGAAUAGCAUAAUUUCUGCUUAUGGGAACCACGGUCAUCUCAAGGACUCUCUCACUCUAUUCCAUGAAAUGUUGGAAAAUGGAAUUCAGCCUGAUCAUGUCACCUUUCUUGCAAUAAUUUCUGCUUGUGCUCAUGCUGGCCAAGUUGACAACGGAGCUCAUUACUUCCGUUGCAUGACUGAGGAAUAUGGAAUUCCAGCACGGAUGGAGCAUUAUGCAUGUAUGGUAGAUUUGUUUGGACGCGCUGGUCGGUUGAAUAAAGCAUUUGAAACUAUAAAGAGUAUGCCAUUCACUCCAGAUGCUGGUGUUUGGGGGACAUUGCUUGGUGCUUGUCGAGUCCAUGGCAAUGUUGAACUUGCUGAAGUAGCUUCUAGACAUCUUUUUGAUUUAGACCCACAAAAUUCUGGCUACUAUGUGUUGCUUUCAAACAUACAUGCUGAUGCUGGACAGUGGGGGAGUGUGCAUAAGAUACGGAGUUUGAUGAAAGAAAGACAAGUUCAGAAGGUACCUGGGUACAGCUGGAUUGACAUCAAUAACAUCACCCAUAUUUUUUCUGCUGCAGAUGGAAGUCAUCCACAAUCUGCUGAGAUCUAUUCACUACUGAAUAAUCUUCUUCUAGAGCUAAGAAAAGAGGGCUAUGUUCCUCAGCUUUACCUUCCAAUGCACCCACAAACCAUGGGAUUGUGAUUACCAGAAAAAAUAUCAAUUUUUUAUUGUCAGUGUCAACAGUAACUAAUAUCUAAUGUUGGUUUGGUGUCUUGCCAAGGUAAGUGAGGGCAUUGCUGCUUUUUGAAUUAUGCUCUUCUAUCUUGUUAUCUUAUCGACGGAGAUAUAUUUGAGCUUCUAUGAUUAAAAGAAGCCUGUGAUUGUGAUACAAGAAAUUCAAAUUUUGUUAUCUACACUGUAUUUGUCAAUCUAGUAUAUAAUUAUUUUGUAAACACAAAAAUUGAU